AUGCUAAAGAUGGAGAUUAACGGUUGUACUUCGGUCGCUACACCUACUGUCUCCGCCGUCUCCGCUGCAGUGGCCGAAACUGCCACUCCCGUCACAUCUCCUUCUCCGGCUUCUUCACCUCAGCCGCCUCCUUCGCCGCAGCGGCCGCCACAACCGCCGGUGGUGCUAAGCCCUUGCGCGGCUUGCAAGAUUUUGCGACGACGGUGCGCUGAUAAAUGUGUUUUGGCGCCGUAUUUUCCUCCAACCGAUCCGGCGAAGUUCACAAUUGCCCACCGUGUCUUCGGAGCUAGCAACAUUAUUAAGUUCUUGCAGGAACUUCCGGAAUCGCAAAGAACCGAUGCGGUUAAUAGCAUGGUCUAUGAAGCAGGAGCUAGGAUGAGAGAUCCGGUUUACGGAUGUGCAGGUGCAAUUUACCAUUUGCAGAGACAAGUGAGUGAGCUUCAAGCACAACUUGCCAAAACUCAAGUAGAACUAGUGAGCAUGCAACUCCAAAGAUCAGAUCUGUUAGAAAUGUUGUAUAAAAUGGAGCAAACAAAGUUAUCAGCACAAGAGCAAGGACAACAAAACAUGUCCUUUGCGAGUUCAUUUGAAAGUGGUGAUGAGUUUAUUAGUAGCCCCGAUGAAGUGAGCAAUGAUUUGGGAUUCCUUGAGGACAACAACAACAACAACAACAACAAUAAUUCAUCAAUGUCAUGGUGGGAUCCUCUUCUGUUAGAAAUGUUGUAUAAAAUGGAGCAAACAAAGUUAUCAGCACAAGAGCAAGGACAACAAAACAUGUCCUUUGCGAGUUCAUUUGAAAGUGGUGAUGAGUUUAUUAGUAGCCCCGAUGAAGUGAGCAAUGAUUUGGGAUUCCUUGAGGACAACAACAACAACAACAACAACAAUAAUUCAUCAAUGUCAUGGUGGGAUCCUCUUUGGACAUGA